CGAGCGUCCUCCCCUCGGCGCCGCCCGGGAAGGUGGAUUCCGCAAUGGCAGGAUGUUCAUGAGCUGAGCUCCGCAGCUGAGAAACAUGAGAAGGUCUUUCUAUCCAUGUUCCGGGGCCGCGCACAGCCCGCUUGGUAAAUAAAGCGCGGAGGCGGACGCGGUUCGUGUGGUUAGCGCCCGGGAUCUAUGCAUAGAAAACAUGUGGUGGGGAUGGGAACGAGCAUAGCAACCAAGCUGGAUUAUUACCCGCGGAAGAGAGCCACUGGAUUCCGCGGCAACAGAAAUCAAGUCAUCUGGACUUCCAAACUGCACGUCUCCUAGUCGCUGCGGCCGCAAAGCUACGGCCUCCCAGCUUGGACCAUGAACACCAUCGUCUUCAAUAAGCUCAGUAGCCAAGUGCUUUUCGAGGACAGCGGCGCCAAGGAGAGGGAGCGGGGUGGUCGACCCUACAACGGGGUCCUGGAUGGGGCCCACCACCACCACCAGGAGGUGGUCAUUCCCGACAGCCCAUCAAUCAAAGAUAACCUCAGUCUCAGACACAGGAGGACAGGGGCUCGGCAGAACGGAGGAAAAGUGAGGCACAAGCGGCAGGCCCUGCAGGACAUGGCGAGGCCCCUCAAACAGUGGCUUUACAAGCAUCGGGACAACCCAUACCCCACCAAGACCGAGAAGAUCCUCUUGGCUCUAGGCUCCCAGAUGACCUUGGUGCAGGUGUCAAACUGGUUUGCUAAUGCAAGACGUCGCCUUAAAAAUACUGUCCGGCAACCAGAUCUGAGUUGGGCUUUGCGAAUAAAACUCUACAAUAAAUAUGUGCAAGGAAAUGCAGAAAGACUUAGUGUGAGCAGUGAUGAUUCAUGUUCUGAAGAUGGAGAAAAUCCCCCAAGAAACCACGUGAAUGAAUCAGGCUAUAAUAACCCAGUUCACCAUGCAGUAAUUAAAACAGAGAGCUCUGUGAUCAAAACUGGAGUGAGACCAGAGUCCGGCACCAAUGAGGACUACGUGUCACCCCCCAAAUACAAGAGUAGCUUGUUGAACCGGUACCUUAAUGACUCUUUGCGACAUGUCAUGGCCACAAAUGCAGCAAUGAUGGAAAAAACGAGACAGAGAAACCAUUCGGGGUCAUUUAGUUCCAAUGAAUUCGAGGAGGAGCUGGUGUCUCCAUCAUCAUCAGAAACUGAAGGCAACUUUGUCUAUCGAGCAGACACUCUGGAAAAUGGAUCCAAUAAGUGUGACAGUGCAGCUAACAGAAAGGGAGCAAGCAAAGAUGAAACCUACUGGAAGGAGAUCAAUGCAGCUAUGGCCUUAACAAAUCUCGCACAGGGAAAAGACAAACUUCAGGGCACCACCAGCUGCAUCAUUCAGAAAUCAUCGCAUAUAUCAGAGGUCAAGACUGUCAAAGUGCCACUAGCCCAACAAUUUUAAGCGCUUGCUAACUGUGGGAUCCAUGGACAUUCCUCAUGCCAUUUGUAUUUCUGUAAAGUCAGAACCCGAGACCUGGAGCAAGCGUCGAAAACCGUUCCCUUCCCGACAUGGUCAGUAAAGCAGUUACUCCCUUCAGAAUUUUUGGUCUUCUUUUUUUUUUUUAAUUAUAUUAAAUAAAUUGUCCAGUCGCUUCUAUAAAAGACAUAUAAAUUAUAAAAAAAAUCAGUUUUUAUCAAAAUAUUAACUUAUUUUAUGUUACUCAAACUAUGCAUAAAAUGUCUGCAUUGCUAUUACAAUAAGUGCCUUGCUUUCCAAAAAUAAGCUAUAACGUGGGCAUAGCAGAAUAGUUAUGCCUCAAAAUGACAAUGCCAUAAUGCUUAUUAGUCUAUGUAUUAUUCCAGAUGGGCCUGACCAUUCCAGAGCUGAAACCAUAACUGCUGAACGCCCUUGAAAUGUAUUCAGUAUUUCACAUUUUUAAAACGUAUUCAGUCUAAAGGAAAUGUCCCCUUUUUAAAAAUUCCACAGUAUUAAGUAUGACCCAAUGUAUCUUUCAGUGGUAUUAAGUUUGUUGUGCAUGUUUCUUGCUUGUCCAUGCAGAACAUUAUCUACUACCACCAGAACUCACUUCGUUGAAAAGUGCAAUACUCCACAUAAUGUGUAUAUUUAAGAAACAGUGUGUCCAAAUUAAUUUUAAAGAUUAAAUUAUGCACCAUGUUCAGUAGAUGUCUCUUAUGGCAAGCUUCACCAGAAAACUCCCUCCACUCAGCUGAAAUUUCACUUUGGAUUUUUUUCUUUCUUGAGCUUUGCUACACACUGUUUAAAGUUGUUAAAUAAAUAACCAAAAAAUAUAUCUUUUUGUACAGAAGUAAACUUGUAGUCCCAUAUCUUACUUGUUUUGGAACUCGGUGUCUUGCCAUGAUGGAAAUGGUUUUAGCUAUGGCAUGGUUGAAACAGCAUUGGUUUGAUUUGUGUGAAACCAGGAAGUCUAAUUGAUAAUCUGCCUUUCAAGGAGCAACAGACAGUGAGAUAAAUAUGUGUAUGUGUAUGUAGGCACAGUCAAAGACACGCACGCAAUAAAGUCAACCCACAAAUUAAAAGUAUAUGGUCCCUACAAUAUUGAAAGGUCAUUACAUUUUGCCAAGGAGAUUAAGGACUGAUAGGAAAUCAUGCAUUAAAGAAAUAACAGUUCAAAUUUUGAAACAAAAUUGCUAUCGAGUGGAAAUAAUAAAUACAAAAAAUGGAGGGGUGGGGAGGAACACUGUAUUUUCUCCAGUCAAACAACAAUAUCCUAAUCAGCUUGGGAACACUUGAAUAAACAGUGGAAAUUCUGAAUGUGAUUUGGAGUACAUCAACUACAGGAGGGUGAAAAAAGUUUUGAUUAUUUGGGAGAUGGGAUAGGAAUUUAUUUUUUUCCAUUUAUAACCUAUUCUGUUCCUUUAAAAAAAAACUGGAAUUGUGUGUGUGUGUGUGUGUGUGUGUGUUUAUGUGUAUGUGUGUGUGUGAAAGAGAGAGCACGAACACCUCAAUAACGCAUCCAAAUGGUAAAAUUCUCCUUUAUGUUUCAGAAUAUUUUACAAAACCUUGUCUGCUCCAGUUGUACUAAAUUAUUUCAGAGACAGGAAAAAAAAAAUCCAUCUUAGUAUAACUUGUAGGACACGUUUUGUUGUAACAUAGCCUUGGGGGUUGGGGUUAUUUAGUGUAUGAUAAAGAUAAUUUGAUAUGAAAAUAUUUUGUAUAUAUAUUUUUUACUUUGUUUUUCUAAAUUGCUGUUUGCAAUGACAUUAUAGUGCCGCGCAAAAAGUAUACACCGUGACUGUAUGAACAAAUGGAGUACGUGUUUUGUUGUCUUUAGGUAGUUAGAGUUCCAUGACACAUUUUGAUACUUUACAUCCAGAAUUUUGCCAUAAUGUGAGCAGGUAACUGAAAACUAAUGACAAAUACUUCACUCUUGUUCGUACUAUCAUAAGUUAUUCAGGCCUUAAGUAUCUUGUGACAAUACUUUGUUUUUGUUUUGACAAACAUUUCAGUUCAAGGUAUGCGGAGUAUUUUCAUUUGAAUUAAUGAUCAUUCAGCACUGUCAUCUUUUUUUUUUAAGCAGUAGCAAAUUAGUUUUUCAGUAUAAGUAUAGAAGAUAAGCCAUUAUGGAACAUGUGUUGUUUUUUUAAAAAAUUGCCAAAGUGUAGAGGUUGGUCCAUAAACACAUUAAGUCCAUUUUACAAUUAAUGAAUACUUGGCAUUAUUUGCUACUGUAAUUAUCUCUAAUUUAUUUUUCCUUUCGCUGCUUUAACAUUUUCUGGAAAUGCAAAUGCUUCUUCUCUCCCCACCUCUCCCCCCACCAUUUCCUUUUAAAAGAAGAAUCUUGAACAACGCUGAGCCAACAGCUGAAAAUCAAAGUCAUAAUUUAUAUCGUAGAGAAACGUUAUUACUGCUGUUCCUUGUUGUGCCAUAUGUAAUCAUUUUAAUAAAAUUAAUAACUGCCAAAA